AUGGAUCUUACUUUCAAUCACAGAUUCGUAAAGGUUAAUGGAAUCAACAUGCACUUCGCCGAGAAAAAUCCCUCCGUCUCCGAUAAUGGUGCUUUUGACGAAGUUAUACGUCCUCCGGUGAUACUCUUCCUCCACGGAUUUCCGGAACUCUGGUACACGUGGCGGCAUCAGAUGGUGACACUCUCUUCGUUAGGCUACCGUACAAUCGCCCCCGACCUGCGCGGCUACGGAGACACGGAGGCGCCGGAGAGCGUGGACGCGUACACGAGUCUCCACGUGGUCGGAGAUUUGAUUGGAUUGAUCGACGCGGUGGUCGGAGAUGGGGAGAAAGUGUUCGUGGUGGGACACGAUUGGGGAGCAAUUAUCGCGUGGCAUCUGAGUCUUCUCAGACCGGACAGGGUUAAGGCUCUUGUCAACAUGAGUGUGGUGUUCGAGCCUUGGAGCCUUAAGAGGAAACCCAUCUCCAUGUUUAAAUCCUUUUAUGGCGAUGACUACUAUAUCUGCAGAUUUCAGGAAUAUGGGGAAAUAGAGGCGGAAUUCGCUAAAGCUGGGACGGAACGAGUUCUUCUAGAGCUCUUAGCGUAUCGUAAUCCUGGUCCUAUACUCUUGGCUAAAGGAAAAAGCUAUGAUGAUCCUGUUUCAUUGCCAUCUUGGCUAACUGAGUAUGAUGUCAAGUAUUACGUUUCAAAGUACGAGAAGAGUAGCUUCACUGGACCUAUAAACUACUACCGAAAUAUGGAUCGAACGUGGGAGAUGAUGGGGCCAUUCUCAAAUGCUCAGGUGAAAGUUUCGGUUAAGUUUAUAAUCGGUGAUCAAGAUUUGACGUAUCACAUUCCAGGCACCAAGAAGUACAUACACGAUGGCCUGUUUAAGAGCCACGUACCGUUGUUAGACGAAGUUGUGAGCUCACAAUUUCCUCAGGAAUGA